AUGCCAACUUCCAUCCGGGAUGACAGUGUACUGGAGGAGGAGCCCUCGCUGAACGCUGAUUACCUGGCUCAUCCAUGGUCAGAUGAAGAUCUUUGGUUAACGAGGCGGUAUAUUCGAAGGAAACGUAUAGCUCUGGAAAGUUCAGUUAGGUUAGAGAAUGCUCUGUGGAGAGCAUGGAACAAGAAAGAUUGCCCUGCAGGCACAGUGUCUCCCAGGAGGAUCAAUUGGGAUAAGGACAGUGAUAUUACCUGGCUAUAUGGCCCGUGGCAAAGGAGCAUUCCAUCACGACCGAGAAGUCCAUCUCAUCACUCACGAUGGAAUACCACAUUAUCAGCGAAUCUUCCCAAGAAGCCUGCUUUGAAGAAGGCAUCUCGGAUUCCCGUCCAGUCGAAAGUCACACAGCUCCAAGUAUUCCCAGAAGACAGAUAUAGCCCUCGCGCCGUCUCUGUCAGGAAUUAUAAUUCUCCCGAACUCCUUCAAAAAUCAGUAUCUGGGACAGCUUUUUCACGCUUAGUCAAGUCUGCGACGAGAUGUGUGAAGUUUGCAUUUGAUCGCAAUCCUGCCCCAGCGCUCUCAUCAAGGCGCAGCGAUGAUAGAAUCCGCUUCGAUGCUGAAGAUCGGCAAUGUGUUGGUGCCCAGACUACCAAAUGGGCUUCGUUUUUGGGCGAAGGUAAUAGUCCAUGGACAUCUGAAGUGGUGAUUGAUCAUUUGCAACUCCCAGCCUAUGACGCUUCUUCGAAACCUGAGAUACACCACCAGGAAUGGGUGAUUAAUCCAUCGAUCAAAUAUCUACCUUCAACGACUCUCAACCGUCCCAUGGAGAACUACAUAACCUUACCGAGUUAUUCCAGUUAA